UAGUGUACGGGAGCACUCCAUCGAAGAUGUCAAGCAAAAAAAAAACUUUUGAUGGUUAUAUUGGAAUGUGGCCUGAAUUUGCACCUGGAACUCCUGAAGUCAUAUUGAAAUGGGAUUUAGCCCUGUUUAUCACU